AUUUAUAAACGAAACUGUCAAAACGCGAGUUGUUAUGAAAAUAAUCGCUAACUUAUUUUUCGCAUUUUCGUACAUCGUCUGUUCUUAACGUUUAACUCUUUAAUUUUAUUUUAUUGCAUUUUUUAUUUUAUAUUUACCUCGUAUCGGUUUUAAACUACAUUCCGAUGUUCACGAAGUGAUCACUAUACGCGAGUGAUGUUUCGGGAUCUACCUUUUUGUUUUGUCCAGAAAUAUAAAAUUUCUGGUUGAUUUGCGAUGGAGGAAGUGAGGCAGCUGGUGCAGGAGGAAGGCAGGGAGGCGCGGAACCUAGUUGCAUUCCAUGUGGCCGUCGACACACCAAGUCGCAUCUCCCGCAAGCCACCACGUUCCGGCGCCCCUCCGCCACGGCGCGCGACUCCCCGCGCCGCCACCCGGCUCCGCUCAGCAUCGGCUGGCAGGGACAAGCGAUCCGAACUGCGAGCCAGAUACUGGGCCCUGCUGUUUGGAGACUUGCAACGAGCUAUUGGCGAGAUUUACAACACCGUCGAGGCUCAUGAGAACCUGAACGAGUGCCAGGAAGUGAUCCUAGUUCUAGAGAACUACACGCGUGACUUCAAAGCACUCGGCGAGUGGUUCCGGCUCAAGUGGGAGUAUGACAACACGCCUCCACCACAAAGACCACAAAGUCUCGCAUGGGAGAUCAGAAAGACGGACUUCGUACGACCAGAGUCACGAAAAGGCUAUUCCGUCAAAAGUUCCCCAUCAGUGUCAGGCAAAAAUAGUCCUUGCCUCUCUGGACAUAACACACCAAGUGGCAAAAACAGCCCUAACUUAACCGGCAAAGCUAGCCCCGGCAGUGGCAAAGUUAGCCCACGAGUUACCGGACAUUCCAGCAACAGUCCAAAAGCGAAUAUUGAAUUUUUCAGCAACAAAAUUGCUUCGAAAAUCACUACUAAGCCUGAGCCAAAAUCUGCUAAGGAUAUAUCUAGACUUUCCGAUAUAAAGGAGAAAGAGGUUAAGGACAUAGUCGAUGAUAAUGACGUCAUUGAUGUGAUUACACCUGCAGUUGACAAAGAAGAGAAAUUGGCAAAAGAGACGAUUGAGAAAGAUAACAAAUCGAAUAAAGGACCUGUCGUAGAGAUAGGCAAAGCCAGAGAAUGCCCAAAUACUGCACCAAAGAUGGUGGUUAUCAAAUCACCUAAACGACAGGCACAGGAGGAUGCCAAAGCAGCUAAUGGAGAUAUUUCGAGCCAAGCCAAGGCUACUAUUGCUAAAUUAGACGCUAUGGAGAACGAGUUCUUAGCUAAACAGCUUAUUGAAAAUGCAGCUAAGAAUGAAAAUCAAUUGAAUCUCGAUAAAGAAUCUGAUGAUGCAUUUGUAAAACCUGCCCCCAUAAAUACUGGAAACUUGGCAGAACAUAAAACUAAUGACGAGAAAAAUAAGCUAUCCGAUGAAAAUAGUACUGGUGAUGAGAAAGUAAGCGUUUCUUCUGUAUCUCCAGUUAAGUCUGAGGAUAACUUUGGUGAUGUAUCCAAUGACAGUUGCAAAUCAAGCGACGAUAAGACUUCAUCCGGCGAUGAUAAAUAUGACGUCAAUAAAGUAGAUGUCAAAGAAUCAGGAACAAGUCAAAAUGACAUUCAAAAUGAAAACGUAACCAUUAAAGACAAAGAUAAUAAAUAUGAUGAUACAAAGGAAACUGACAUCACUAAAGUUGGUGAGAAUCCUGAUAAAGAUGGUGAGGUCAAAGAUAAGAAAGACCAUGAUGCAAAGAAGACUGACCUCAAAACAGCUUCUGAAAAGCCGAGUACAAGGCCAGCGUACUCACAGGCAGCUGCCAAACCAAAACCAGUGACUACUCCCAAAACUGAAGUCAAAACUCCUACCAGACUGAUAGCUAGAAGCAAGACUGUCGUUGAAAUGCGACCGAAUUCCGCUUCUAAAGCUCAAAGACCAUUCCAAAAACGCAACCAGACCAGCAAGUGCAGCUACCCUUUCAACCUCACCACGGGAAGGACAUCUCUGUUUGACGCUCCAUCCAAUAAAGUUGUAUCCAAAAAACCACCCAUCCGCGCCCAAAUGGGUUCCGGCGAUAGUAAGAAUACAGCCAAAAUUGACGCGAAAAAGCGUCCCCCACGACCAUCUACACUCAAAAUCAAUGAGAAAGGAGAUAAAAUCGAGAAAGUCAAUCCUUCAUUUGAUAAGAAAGAAGGCGAAGAAUACAGCAGUAGCGACACCAUUGUCACUCAAAUAGAUAUGUCCCGCAUUGAAUCUAGUGAGAGUUUGAAGACAUUAGUGCCAGAAGAAGGAGACUUCGCUAAUUCAAUUGAAGUACUUAACGUCGAUAAUGCUAAGAGCGAUAACGAUGGCUGGCUCACAGUAAAAUCCAGACGACUCAGUCGCGAAUCGAAGAAGCAAUCUAAAUCGCACUGGGCUAACAGAUUCCACCAGCCAUCAGCAACAACCAGCUUGCCGACUCUUAACAUGAUUGAGUCUCCUAAACAGGAGGUGAAAGAAAUUAUAUCGACCUCGAAAUUGGAUCGAGCGAAGUCGGAACAACCGCAGAACAAGCCGGAGAAGCCUAAAAUAGUGAAACCGAAGCCGGAAGCUAAAGAGGCGAAGAAAGAUUUGUCCAUUAUAAGACAAAAAUCAGACGUCACAGGUCUGAAAACUCGCACUUCUAGGUCCAAAGCUUUGAAACGUGAGAAAGUGAAGGACACUCCCAAAGAUGAUGGUUCGGAGUUGACUAAGAAUCGUUUACAUUCCUCUCUAGAAAGCCUUACAACGGGACUAGCAAGGUCCCAAGAGAAAACCGAAGAGAAAUUUGACUUUGACAAAUGGAAAUCUGAGUUCAUGUCUACGUUCAAAUUUUUGGAAGACGACGAUCAAAUGAAUGAAGAUCACAAAGAGAUUCUGAAGACGGCAGAUCCGUCGGAGAUGUCGGAAAUUGCUGAAAUGACGUCACAGAUUGAGGAGAAUGAAAGGAAGAUUAGUUUAGCUCUGGACUUCCAGUCGGUGGACGACGAGAGGAAGCUGUGUGAGGAGGAGGAUUUACUGAACCGACAGAUCAUGGAACUUCAGCAGGUUUCCGACAUAGAUCUGGAUACGGAGACUGACGAUACGGAGACUGACGCAGAAAUCCUUUGCGAAGACGCAUCGGCGGGUGUUUCCUGUCAAUCUACAGAGAACCUAUCUUUAGCUGCGAGUCUAGAAGACCAGUAUGAGACAGCGCUCGCCGGCAUGUCCUGGGCUGAACGGGUUGAUACUCUCGGCGCCUUGGAGGCCUUGGUGGCAAGGGAUCCAGGUCGCGCUCAGCAACUGCACGCGAAGCUAUCCCAAGGCAUCAAGCGUCGCGGCAGCUUGCAGGAUGCGCUGCGUCGCUUGCAGCUGAAACAGGCUCGCGCGGAGAGGCAACGGAUUGAGUAUCAGACCGAACGGGCUAGGAAGAUACAUCAGCUGCUGGCUAGAGUUGAGGAGGUUAAGGUUGCAAAGAAUGAGUUGAUAGAAGAGAAGAGGCUUCGCAUGGAGAGACGACUUCAGAAGGCAGCUGCGAAUAGAGACCAACAUCUUAAGGACAUAGUCCGCAAGGCCCACGAUGAAGAAGAGAAACUCCGAGAGAUAGCGUUCAUCAAGCAGUUGGAAGCAGAGAACAGAAGACACGAGUUCCUCGACCAAUGCCGGUCGCAUACCACGCGCCUACGGCAGAUGAGGAGGGAUCGACUGUCCAAACUGGAACAGAAGGCAGCCCGCGAGGCCGCAGUGGGCGCGCGGCGACAGGCCCUGGAGGCCGCCAGGAAGCUCCAUGUCGAGACUCUGCUGGAGAAGAGAAAGGAGAGGGACGCCAGGGUCGAGGAACUCAAGGAACAGAAGAAACAGGAGAGGGAUGAUGCUGCUAGGGAGAAGGCACAAGGUGUAAAAUCCCGCUUGUCGGCGCUAGCGGCGGCGGCGGAGUUGGAGGCGGAUGCACUGCGGUCCCGCAUCCGCGACAAGCAGGACCGCAGCCAACUGCGGCUGGAGUCACAUCUGCAGGCCAUCCGGGAGAAGGCCACCACUGGACCGCGACAACCUACCACAUCAGAAAGCCAAGAUCAGAUGUCUAAAGAAGAGAAGGAGUUACAAGAAGAGACUCAGCGUCUAGAACAAGAGAGAAAGGACCGAGAGAAGCAGAAGGCCAUCAAGAAGAAAGCUAGGAAGGUUAAGCAGAAGUUGUUGACUACGAGCAACGACACGGUAAUAAUAGACGAUGCCUCCCUAGUGGACGUUAUAUCGCCGACCACAACAAAAGUAUGUAAAGUCAUACACCAACUAUCGCACACGCUCGAACCCUUCUUGGAACACCCCAUCACAUUCACUAUUGAAAACGAAAACGUCACUCAACUUGAAAACGGCUUCGAUCCUCUCACUAAGAAGAGACAUAGGAUUAUUAUUAACGGGGGAGCUAAGAAUGUGGUUGAAAAAGAUGAGCCUAAAGAAAAAGAGAAUAAGGGAGUAGACAAGGAGAAUAAAGGAGUAGACAAAGAUAAUAAAGGAGUAGACAAAGAUAAUAAAGGAGUAGACAAAGAUAAUAAGGGGGUAGACAAAGAGAAUAAAGAAGCAGAGAAAGAGAAUAAGGCAGCAGACAAAGAGAACAAAGCAGUAGAAAAAGAGGUCAAAGAAAAAGAUAAUAAACCAGUAGAAAAAGAGGUCAAAGCAGAAGACAACGAGUCAACUACCAGUGGUAAAAAGAAGAAAAAGAAAAGUGAUAAAGAUAAACCAAAGUUGAGUAAGACUAGUUCAGUCUGUUCUUCUCUCAGUGAUAUGAGUAAGAGUUCGGCGAAGAAUGAGAAACCUCGCACUAUGAUUGAUAUGCAAUUCUUGGAGAAACAGUUGAAUGAAUUGCAUAGGACUGUUGAGAAGUGCGCUAAGAUGACCCCUAAAGACAGGACCUCCCUCCACAAGAUCCACCUCCUCAAGGUACUGGGAGAGAUGCUGUGCAUCGCUUGUGACCGCGAGGACAUCACUCCGCAGUUUACUACCAAAGCGCUGAACACGGCGGUGGUGGCGAUGGGUCGCGCGGUGUCGUCGUGCAACAUGAGCGCGCGCUACUUCCUCGCCACGCGCGCCGCCAUCUACGUCGUCAAACUGCUCAGCAUGCAACUGGAAAAAGACCUACAAGCCAACCAACGAGAGAUGGACCUAGCCAUGCAGCUCAGCGACUGUCUCUCCGUCGUUCUGGACGGAGUGCUCUGCUCCUCACGACUGUACAACGAUGGCAAGAGGGACAACUCUAAGGAGGAGGCAGAAAUGCUUUGUACACUGCGAGGCAGGGCUCAUAUGUUGAUCAGCUACCUCUGCCUGACCGGGUGCAUCACUCGUGCUGAGAAGGCAGGUGCCGCGCGGGAGAGUAUUCAAACCCUGCUGACGGUCUGCGCAGACCUCUGCCAUCCCUGCGAGGUUGAUGCUGGCUCAGAGCGUAUCGUCGCGACCCAGUCUCUCCGCUGUGCUCUCGGCACUGGCAUCGCCGGCUCCCGUGCCGAGUUCUGCAUGCUGUUCGCCCAGGGAGCUGGGUUGGAACACAGCGGCGGAUUCGUCAAGGCAGCUCGCACCGCUCAUCUGCUGCGCACCUUGGCUGAACUGGAUCAUAUGAUUGUGCAGGACGCCUUCGGUGAAGGCGGUUGGCCUCUGGAGUUCAGAGCGGCAGUAGCACGACUUCUAUCGCAGCACGCGCCCACCGAUAAGGAAGCACCAAGGACAACCGCUUUACGUAAGCAAAAGUCAUCUAAAGGUACAAACAACCAGCGCCUCGACCAGACUCUCUCCGAAACCAUGGUGUUGGACUUGAUCGUUCUAGUCGGAUUCGUUGUUGUCAACAACCCACAGUUACAGGAGACAAUAUGUGACGGAUGGAGUGUGAUCAAGACGCUGUGCACGCUCCCGGCCAACUGGCUGGUCUCCAAGCCGCACAGCGACUGCCUGCUGCCGACCCUGGUGGCGCUGUCCGAGCUGCCGGCCGUCGCCAGCGCUAUAUCCUCGGAGCUCAGCAUGCAAAUGCUGCAGGACUACAUGAAGAGCCCGUGUGCACAAAAGAUAAAACUGGUACAAGUGAUCAAGCAGGGACGCACAAAGAAAGGUAAGAACAAAGACAAGUAGACUGAAAUUCCAACAAUGAUACUAAAAAGCCUGAAGGCAAACAGAAUGAACAUGUUGAUCAUAUUUGUAAUAACGAUGCAAACAGCAAACGUGAACGUCGACGCGGGUUAGCCGACACUGGCCAAAUGAGUCAUCGAUCCCAAUUUUAAAAUUAUUCAUCCCAAAUAGUCUCCAGUACUAAGGCCUAACCUUACAAUUAUAAUACUCCAAUUUGAUGUUUCUCUUUAACUAUCAUUCAUAGAAGGGUGAAGUAAAAGGUUUUGCUAAUCAAUGGAGGUAUGAUUUGGUAUUUGAGCUUGGUUUAAAACAUACCGUGGCUUUGCUAUACAUUUGUUUGGUGGUGAUGUUAAAUUGAUGGCUGAUUGCAAUCGUAAAGGGAUGAUCGUUCGCAUUUUUAAAGCACAAUGUAAUUGGUGUUUAAGUAGAAUUUUGUCCAUUUGAUCUUUGGUAAUUUUAAUCGUACUAUCAUCACAUGUAGCAGAAGUAAUGCAACUAUGUAUUUAAAUAUGGUAUAAUCUCUUGCAUACGUGUAAUAGUUUGUUCUCAUAGUUGCUUUUCAGUCAUUAAUCGUAAUAGGUUUAGAACAUUUUUGCUGUUCAAUGUGAAAUUAAUCUUAUUAUAUUGAUAUAAAGGUACUUUAUUCAAAAUAUAAAUUAGCUAGUUUGUUUGGACUUUGCAAUUCAAUGCAAUAUUUGUUUAGAAUAAUUCUAAGCACGUCUGCUGACACGUUUACUUGCAAAAUGUAUUUGACUGUCUACCGCCACCGGUACUUUGUAUCGAUUAUAUUUUUUUAGUUUUAUUUUGUUGCCUAUAUUGAACUUUUUGAAGUUUGAUUUUAAUUGUGUACUUAGUUCACGAGUCGUCGUAUGCUUAUCAUCCAUCAGGGUAUAUAUGCUCCCUUCUGUGCCAUUCAUGUCUGUGCCAAUUCUUGCUCACGUCGCGUGAUCAGUACCUAGUGGUACUUGAUUUACUUCAUUAGUGUUUCCUGCAGUAAAGUAAGUAAAGCAGUUGGCAUUUGCAAAAUUGGUGUCAUGUCGACGCACUUUUUCAUCGAUGCCUUCAUUAUUAUUGUUAAUGUGUCCAUCUCGAUCGAUUCCUUGCUUUGUAUUACUUAUUGUUUCGUAAGACAUUCCCAAUUUUCAAUUUUAAUUCCAUUUAUGUUUCGUCUACGCACAAUCUUUGGAUAUGCGCUCAACUUGUAUCUUUCGCCUCAUUAUAAUUAAGGCUAAAUUUUAAAAUACAUCAUAAAAAUACUAGUCAAAUACUCUACGUAAUUUUAUUCGCAGUAUUUUAGAGUAUUAGUAGAAACUCAAUUGAUUAGCAACACCAGUAAUAUAUUUAAUCUACCAUAGUUUGCACGGCCCUACGUGGCGGACACCCAUAUAUUUUAAUAAUCAAUAUUAAAAUUAGUAGUUUCAGCUUUUACUAAAACAGUAUAGACAUAUUUCUCUAAUGUUUGAGUAAAUGCGUUUAGAUGGUUAGACUUGAUAAUGUUGUACACUUUUUGAUGUGAGUCUAUUUAUCUAUUUUUCUAUGGUUGUAGAUUAGAACUAGACGGAAAAAAACUAUGUAAUUCAACAAACCUAAUUACGCAUUGGAUUUUGUGAGCUGAUGUUUUAAAACGUGGACGCAUAUGACUGCUUUUAUCUUCAUUUUAAUUUUAAAUAUUAAUUUCUCUAUUUAGUUUAAAAAUUCACUACGGUUAGUGACGUUACUUAAUUAGCCAAAAAUGUUGUGUUCUGAUUUUGUUUAUUUAAUGUUUGUGCUAGUCAACGCCUGGCUUCGGUCCAGUGUCUUAAUGCUUUAAUAUAAUUAUGAAUGUAGUUCAUAAAUGACUGAGCUCUCUUACUGAUUUUAUUUGUGAGCUAACAAAUACCUUUCAGUAAUUGUAUUGUGUAUUUUAUUUAGAAUACAUCUCUUUAAUUUUAACUUUGCUUGACUGCCGACGCAAAAUUGUGUAGCUAUUAUUAUGUGCCAAGUUUUAGUAAAUUUUAAUCUUGGUUGUGGUAAUUUCAAUGCGGCCACGCUUUAGAACGUCAACAAAUUAUGCCCUGUUAUGUAUGUUAACCUUUCUUCAAAGGAAUGAGUUUGAAAAUUGUGUGCUAAUAGAGUGCCUUGAGGGACACUCUUACUGAAUGUGUGAAACAAGGUAUUUUAACGACUCGAGUAUUUAAGAGGAUUUCGAAUGCUGUGAUAGAGAAACGGACGGAAUUUAUUCCUCGAAAAUAAAUAAAUAAAAAAAAAUGAUAUUUGUAACAGAAUACGAUGGAAAAGUUGAUGUCAAUGCUAUCAAACGCUUGUGUCAGUUCAAUAUCUCAAGGUUUUUUCUAAUUUUUUCCGUUUUUAUUUUUGUGAUAAGUUUCUUUUACUGACAGCCCGUUUGCAUGGUUGGAAUCUUAAUGCUGACCGUUGUAAGGAAUUCGUGUACUGGCAUAUUUUGCCGUGACGUCACUUUUGACCCGUUCUUUAGAGAGUAGCCUCUCUGUUUGAUGUAUCGCCGUAGCACUUCUAUAUUAUGAGCAUGUAAGUGUUAGCGGUUCAUAGAUUUAAGUGAAUGUAAUCUAAUAUUUUUCUGUGUCUAUUAUUGUGUGUCUACGGGUCCCAACGUCCACGAAUUCUCUAUAUUAAAUGCAAACGGGUGUGGGACUGUGAUUUUAUAUGUGUUUUAAAUUUAAUAAUUAUCACUUGCAAAUGUAAUAUAUGAUUUUUUUUUAUGUUUAGUUAGCGACACUUGUUUAGUCUUAUGUACUUUAUCUGUGAUUCCUUUUACUAGCGUAACUUUCGUGUAACUCAUGUCUACGUGGAAAUAAAUAUUUGUGUAAUAAUCGUA